UCACCGCCCGCGAGCCCCGCUCCCACCCACGAUGGUGAAUCUAACGCCAGCUGCACCUCACCGCCCGCGAGCCCCGCUCCCAUCCACGAUGGCGAAUCUGAUGCUGGCCGCACCUCACCGCCAGCACGCCCCGCUCCCACCCACGAUGGCGAAUCUGAUGCUGGCCGCUCCCUCACCGCCAGCACGCCCCGCUCCCACCCACGAUGGUAUUUGUGUGGGCUGGAGUGGACAGGUCUUCAACUCAAUCCCGGAAAUCCCAACAUUGGCCUAUUUUCAAUCUCGAUACUCGGGAUUGGCCUCCGUAGUGCUGGUGCCAGGCCCGGGAGGUGGAGGGCGCAAGAUGGGCGCUAGUGCCGGGCCAAGGAGGAGGAGGGUGCGCAGGCUCAGAACACCACUACGGCAGAGGGCCUGCCCAGCGAUGCCAAGGGGGCAGUGCUAAUGCCCAGUGACUCUCUGCCGGAGAACACGCCCCAGGUCAGAGGUUAUGAUUUCAAUUGUGGGGUCAACUAUGAAGCAUUGCUGCAGAGUUACCUGACCACCGGCUUUCAGGCUUCCCACUAUGGACAGGCGGUGCGGGAGAUCAACAACAUGAUCAAGACCAAGCUGUCAUCCCCUGGCGGCUGUACCAUCUUACUGGGAUACACCUCCAAUCUAAUCAGCUCGGGCGUGCGAGAGAUCAUCCGGUACCUGGUGGAACACAAGAUGGUGGACGUCAUUGUCACCACAGCAGGCGGCAUAGAGGAGGACCUAAUAAAAUGCCUGGCACCCACUUACCUGGGAGACUUCAGCCUGAAAGGGGCAGACCUGAGGCCAAGGGGCAUCAAUAGGAUCGGUAACCUCCUGGUCCCCAAUAACAAUUACUGCUUGUUCGAGGACUGGAUCACCCCUAUCCUAGAUCAGAUGGUGCUGGAGCAGGACACUGAGGGGACUAAGUGGACACCAUCUAAAAUGAUCGCCCGCCUAGGAACGGAAAUUAAUCACCCAGAUUCUGUGUAUUACUGGGCCCAGAAGAACAACAUCCCUGUGUACAGUCCGGCCCUCACAGAUGGGUCAAUAGGUGAUAUGCUGUAUUUCCACUCGUAUAAGAACCCUGGAUUGAAGCUGGACAUAGUAGAAGACAUUCGCCGCCUGAAUUCCUCUGUGAUCUUCGCGAAGAAGACUGGCAUGAUUAUUCUGGGAGGAGGCCUGGUUAAACACCACAUCUGCAAUGCCAAUCUCAUGAGGAACGGUGCUGAUUACGCCGUGUUCGUCAACACAGCCCAGGAAUUUGAUGGAUCAGACGCUGGCGCCAGACCCGACGAGGCGGUAUCCUGGGGAAAGAUCCGCAUGGAUGCCAGUCCUGUCAAGGUCUACGCAGAUGCCACCCUGGUGUUUCCUCUCCUCGUAGCUCAGACGUUUGCCCAGAGGCACAGUGAUUUCUCUAGCAAAGAGAAAGACCAGGACUGAUGAGAUGGAGAAGGGGAGUGGGCACCCGCGGCUUACCUGGCUGAUUGCACGUUGUAUUCAGGUCUCGCUUCCUACAGCUGCACUCGGCAGAAUCAUAGAGCUUCUUCAGGCUGGUCUGCCUACAGCAUGUGUAAAUACACAAGUUCCACAAAUAUAUAUGUACAUAGGUUAACAUGUAUAUACAGUUUUCGGUAUGUAUAGACCAGGGGUAGGCCACCUUUGGUUCGAUUGGCGAGUAAUGAAGGUGGAAGGUGUCAGAGCCACUGGUGGAGCCUGUAAGUCCGCUACAUGGUGGCAAUGUGGCGAGAUGGUCGUCGCCAACGGGCAGAAUCUCUUGCCCUGUAGCAGCCGCUGUAAUUUAAUUUUUUUUUAUCUAUUUAAGUUUCAAUUCUCUGCAUGGAAGUACCAGGGGAUGUACGGAGAUAAUAAAAGUCUUGUUUCCAAACAAAUAAAA